AUGUUAACUAAGCUAGCUCACCAUAAAUACUUUAAGGGUAGUUAGUAAUUUGACAAGUUUACCCUCAAACUUAUGACAAGUGACAGCACUGUCAGCAGUGGAAAAGCCGGUUUUCCACGUCUAGCCUUUAUUCUCUCAAGGAGUUUCUUCGUUUUCAUUAGCUGUUAGAAUCGAAGCAUGUUUAAUUGGCAGUUUUUUUCUAAAUAAUGCAUAUAUAUCCGUUUUGACGUAUAACUUAGGAUUUCUCAUAAGACCUCAUUUGCAACCUUACGGAAAAUGAUUUCCUCUGGAAUAUUCGAAGUUGUUAAGACCUUGACAAAGUUCGCAACCGACUAUUUUGAAGAUGGAGCGCAUAGAUACUAUGGUGGAACUAUAGGACGUGUGUUUACUGCAAUGAAAAAAGCCAACUACAAAGACCCAUAUAAGUAUGCUGCAGAAUUAUUUGACGGGACAGGAUCAUACGGUAAUGGUGGGGCUAUGAGAGCUGCACCUGCAGCACUUUAUGCCUUAAGGUUUUCUGAAUACGAUCUUGAAAGAUUUAUUGUUGAUGUUACUCGUCUGACGCAUACUCACCCUUGGCUAUCUGUGGUGCACUUAUACAAGCCUAUGCAAUUGGAUCCGUUUAAAUUUGUCGACUAUUUAUUACAAAGACUUGAAAGGACUGAAUACUCAUUUGUUAACUUCAAACAUCCUGUGUGGAGACAAGCGCUUGAUGCAUACAGAGAAAGAUUUCAACAUGUAAAGUAUUUUCUUUCAUCUGGAACAGAACCUUCAAUCAAAGAUGUUGUUGGUCGUUUAGGUAAUAAUUUGGAGGCUAUCAACUCUGUACCAACUGCAGUCUAUGUAUUUUUACGUAGUUUAACUCCUAUACCUGGUAUUCAUUUUGAGUCAAUUCUUCUUCGUUGUGUAGUCUAUUCCAUUGGACUGGGUGGUGAUACAGACUCAAUUGGUUGUAUGGCUACUGCAUUGGCUGGUGCUUAUAUCGGUGUGCCAGUACAUGAUAGUCACGGUGUACUACCCAGAAAUGUGAUUACACGUUGUGAACGGUAUAACAUAAUUGAAGAAUAUGCUCAAUGGUUAAGUACAAGAAUAUAACUAAAACAAAAAAUUGACUUGAUUUUUUCUAUGCUUCAUUUUUAUUAUUAUUGUUUUGUUUUUAUCAUUCUUGCUUUUUUUUCUAAAUUAUUUCUAUAUUUCAUAAACUAUAAAACGCUAACCGCCUAUCAUGUGAUUGUUUUUAAUGGCACAUUACUUUCAACAGAUUGACAGAUUCGUGCUGUUUUUUUUUUCAAAUAAAAAUCAAGACUACGCAUAUAUUAUUAUCUCUAUGGUUUCUUAUGAUUACUAAUUCACAUGUACCUCAAUAGACUACUGACAUUUUGAAAACAAGUUGAGCUAUUGUAUACCUAAUGAAAAAGAAGAAGAAGCAGAAUUUCUUUCUCUUUUGAAAUUCAAUUCAGUGAAUUGUUUACCCCUUCAGUGUAUGCCAUGCGAUAGAGUGAGUGUUUAUGUUAUUGUGGUUGACAGAAAUGAUUUUAGCAAACGUCUUUUAGUCAGGUCUGUUUGUCAAAAAAAACACUCUCUCUAGUGUGGUGUUUGGAAAGAAACAAAGUAAGAGAUUAUGAGGCCUGUUGAAUAUAUCCGCACCUCCAUUAAUGCUAAAAAUAACAAUCAAAACAGAAUGAAGCCUAAAGAGAUACUCA